AUGUUUUGGUUGCUUGUAAUACUAUUCCUCAGUCUUACAUUUGGUACGACUCAUUCUGAGGUUAACCAUGACAAGAAGCUUCCCUCCGCUGUUGUGGUUGGUACUGUCUACUGUGACACAUGCUUCCAGCAGGAUUUUUCCAUGGGCAAUCACUUCAUUUCAGGUGCAUCAGUUGCCGUAGAAUGCAAAGAUGGAUAUUGGAGAACAAAACCAAGGUUCAGGAAAGAAGUGAAGACAGAUGAGCAUGGGGAGUUCAAGGUGCAUUUACCUUUCUCUGUGAGCAAACAUGUGAAGAGAAUCAAGGGAUGCACUGUGAAAUUAAUAAAUAGCAGUGAGCCGUAUUGUGCAGUGGCCUCGGCAGCAACUUCCUCCUCACUGCGCCUCAAGUCCAGAAAGCAAGGACUACACAUAUUCUCAGCUGGCUUUUUCUCAUUCAAGCCUCUUAAACAGCCAAAUCUUUGUAACCAAAAACCAAGCAUUGAAAACAUGAAAGGCCCUGAUUCUGUGAAAACUAUAUUUCCUCCAAAAAUAGAUCCAUCAUUUCCUCCUCCACUUCAGGAUCCAAAGACACCCGGUGGUCUCCUUCCUCCCCUUCCUGGAUUACCUGACCUUCCACCAUUAUUGCCACCACUCCCUCUUUUGUCACCCAUUCCAGGAAUAUCAUUGUCACCACCAGUCCCAGCAGGAAUUACCAGUAAGUCCCCAAAUGUUCAAUCUUCAGAUCAGAAAAUAGCCGACCCUAGUAGCCUCACAUUUCCUCCUAACCCAUUGUUUCCACCACCCACUGUACCCAACCCAUUUCAACCACCACCUUUAGUCCCCAACCCUCUUCAACCACCAUCUCUAAAUCCUAACCCAUUACAGCCACCAGAAACAUCACCACUUGUUCCUAACCCAUUUCAGCCUCCCUCAACAGGAACAUCACCACCACUGUUUCCUUUCCCAACAGUGCCAGGUUUAACUCCAUCCCCACCACCAGCAGCUUUUCCCUUUCCUUUCCCUCCACUAUUUCCUCCACCUAGCAGCCAUGAUACACCCUCCACUUUUUCAAAGAAUGCUUCUCCUUAA